GCACCGGAGGAGGUUACCGCUAGCAAUGGUGAUAUUCAGAAAAGCAAGGAAGAUGAACCCCUACAAAAGAAACAAGUAUCUUCUGUUAUAUUCGUGGUGGUGAUUGGCGAUAUCUUGCAUAAUAUCAGUGAUGGACUUGCUAUCGGUGCCGCCUUCUCUGCUGGUGUAUUUGUCGGUAUUUCCACAUCUAUAGCCGUGUUCUGCCAUGAAUUACCUCAUGAAUUAGGUGAUUUUGCUAUCCUGAUGAAUGGUGGACUCAGUUACAAAAUGGCUUUGUUGUUUAACUCGCUUUCUGCAAUGUGUGCGUUUAUUGGUUUGUAUAUUGGUCUAUCAAUCGGAGCCGAUGAAUCGGCAAGACAAUGGAUAUUUGCGAUAACAGCCGGAAUCUUUCUUUACAUAGCCCUAGUAGAUCUGAUGCCAGAAAUAUCACAUUAUCAAAGUGACAAACCAGUUCUUACAUUCAUUUUACAAAAUAUGGGAAUCAUUCUCGGCAUUGUUAUCAUGGUUCUUAUUGCGUACUACGAAGAAGAUUUAAUUAUAUCUGGCAAUUGA